AUGUCUAAAAGAAAGCCAUAAUUUGAUAUAGGAAAGGAAGGAGAUGAUGAGGAAGUAUUACCUGUUGUUGGAGUUAUUAAUACUGCAGAAGAAAUUCAGGAAAGAAAGUAUUAAAAGUGAAUAAAAUAGAAUUUUGAAGAUCAAAGGACCAAAAUAAAAAGAGAAUAACUAAAAUACAAAAAUAGUAAUAACUGCACCACCACCAUCAUUUGAAUAAGCAGGAUCUGAUUAAAAACUGUCAACACCUCCUAAAAAGUUCUAACCAACGAAUAUAUUUAAUUGUCAACAAGAAAAAUUAUUUUUCAAUACUCAGCCAUUAAAUAGUUUAUAAUUACCUAAGUAAUAAAACAAUAAUAUGGGAUUGGUGAGUCCAAUAAUUGAAUUUAAAUCAAUUCGAAAGAGUGAUAAAUCAAUUUCAUCUCCAAAUUAGGAGACUAAUAAAAAAAUAGGGAUUUUAGAAGUAAAUUUAAGAUUAAGACAUAUAGAAUAAAUUAAAAAAAAUAAAAAUAGAUGAUCAAGAACAUUAAAAUAAAGAAAUCACAUUAACAAUAGAAAAAGUAGGAGAUAAUCAUAAAAUAAAAAUUGAGUAUAAUUAUUGUAAUUAAUAUAGACCUGAUAUAUUUGAAGGAUUAGUUGAGAAAUAGAAAACAAAAAAAGAGAAUAAUAUAGUUAGAUUAGAAUGUAAAAAAGAAUCAGAUAUACAUUAAUUACAAAUAGAAUUUGUUAAUGAAAAAGACUAUGAAUAAUUUAAUCUAUGA